AUGCAACCAGUACAGCCAUGGACAGGACGACCGGUAAUGAUUGCAGUGCCCGGUCGUACACCUCGACAGCAAAUGUGGAGGAAAACAUUUCCUCGUGGUAUUGCAGCUUUAAUUGGCACUUGUCAAAUGUUUCUGACAUUCGGCAUUUUGGCAUGUGAAACUCUAAGUAUGAUUGUUGAUUUUUAUCAUGCAAUGCUGUUCGUUGGUUAUUGGGCAGGUGCAUUUUUCACAAUUACUUGGAUUUCUGUUUAUGGCUCCCUUUGUUGUAAAGGAAGAGGAUGUACGACAUAUACAUUAGUUACGCAGGUCAUCUGUCUUUGUUUAGCCAUCUGUGUACUUGUAAUCGAUAUUAUUUUUCUUUCAAAUCCAUUUCUAUGCUUUUAUGGUACAUAUACGUGUACCUCUUCAUCGUCUACUACAUAUACCUCGUGGUCAUUCCUUGCCAGUACCAGCGAUAUUUAUAACCUGAAAGUACCUAUACUGAAAGGACAACUGGCUGGUGCAGUGCUAAUGUUAGUCCUAGCAAUUAUUUACAUUAUACUCUAUAUAGUAACAGCUGUUAAAGUUCGUGGUCAUUCCAAUGCAAUACCGGAAAACAGAAUACCACUCCAAACAAAGGUACCAACAACAGUUGGUUAUCAAGAACCACAAGUAUCAUCGUAUAGCUCGACACCAUCAUCUCUACCAAUAAAUGCUAAACGGGGAUUGGCAACUGAACCAGAAGAAGAAAUUGAAUGUUACAAUUGUCAUAACAAGAUAACAUUGCCCCAAAGAAGAUAUUAA